CAUCAGAUUGAUAAUAACUAUGACUCGUCUAUCCAAACGACAAAUUCAAUCCAAAAAGCAAGAGCGAAAGGUUUAUCACGGCUUACUGAUGAUUUUGGAGAUGAUAAUUGGGGAAUUAAAAUAUGUCAAAAUGCCGAUUUCGGCAUGUCGAAAAUCGCCGAAAUUGCAGAAAUUAUUAAGAUUGUACGAAAUUAA